CCGCCAUCGUGUCAGAAUACUGGGCCGGCCGCUCAGCUCUUCUCUGCAGCAGGACCUUACCUGUUCCUCGGUCCAGCGCUGUGCAGUCUUCCCGCGCCGGCAACUUUAGUGUCCGCAGUCUCUGGUCAUCUCCUGUGCUGUCCGCAGUCUCUGGUCAUCUCUUGUACUCUCCGCAGUCUCUGGUCAUCUCCUGUACUCUCCGCAGUCUCUUGGUCAACCCCUGUACUGUCCAAAGUCUCUGGUCAUCUGUACUGUGUCCGCUGUCUCUGGUCAUCCCCUGUACUGUGUCCGCAGUCUCUGGUCAUCCCCUGUACUGUGUCCGCUGUCUCUGGUCAUCCCCUGUACUGUGUCCUCUGUCUCUGGUCAUGCCCUGUACUGUGUCCGCAGUCUCUGGUCAUCUCCUGUACUGUGUCCGCUGUCUCUGGUCAUCCCCUGUACUGUGUCCGCAGUCUCUGGUCAUCUCCUGUACUGUGUCCUCAGUCUUUGGUCAUCCCCUGUACUGUGUCCGCAGUCUCUGGUCAUCCCCUGUACUGUGUCUUCAGUCUCUGGUCAUCCCCUGUACCGUGUCCGCAGUCUCUGUUCAUCUCC